AUUUAAUUCAAGAUGAGACCCAACUGGGCCCUUGGUUUAGUGACCCUACUCGUAAUAGGCUAUGUAUACGCUGGUGUACAGCAAGCAUCCAAUGUCAAAGAUGUGAAUAACUUCUUGGAUAAAAACAGAAAUUCAGUAGCUGCACUCUUUUUCUAUGAUAGCAGCUUGGACGAAGGAACUGAAUCUGGAUUCUGGAGUGGAGUAGCCACCUCAGUUAGCAAUAUCUUCAAUCAAGAGGAUGGAGGAGUCCCUCCAGAACAUCAAAAUACCGAUAUCGAGAAGAGGAUCAGCGAAGAAGCUGACCUGAUGCAAAUUGAUGUAAGCAAAGAAGAAUUGCGCGAACUUCAAAACCAGUUCUCAAUCACUGCUAUCCCAUAUGUUGUUAUCUACGACAAAGGUGUAAUAGUUUUGAGCGAAGUUUUGGACGAAAAUACUCACGAGAAGGCUGUUCAAAUUCUUGAAAACAACAGACCUGGUUUUACUGUUGUUCCUCGAAGAGUUAAAUUAGCUCCUCAGGAACCUAUUAUUACUGAUGAAAGCCGUCCAUUGCUUGUUCUUGGACCAACCCCUUCUCCAGUCCAAUAUGCUCAGCCAGCAACAGCUCAAUCACAAGAGACUGCUCAGGGUCCAAGACAAGUGACUCUUGCUCCUGGAGAGACUCGUACUCAAGUAGUAGAGCAUCCAGCAUCUAUCCAGCAAAGAAUUAGUGGAAGCAGAACUCAGCCAACUGUUACUCUAGAGGCUAGACCUCUAUCUCCUGAAUUUCAGAAAGAGAAAUGCCAUGUUUCACCUCCUCCUUCUCAUCCAGCAAGUAGUUCAUCAGGAUAUAUUUCUGAAUUAGAAGAUUAUGAAAUUCCUGAAUCUUGGCUGGCAUCAGGAUACUCCCCACUCUCAGGAAAUAAUGCUGAAGAAAUUGAUUAUAGCCGUAGAAUCCAGUUAUUUGAUCCAGAAAAUAUCACUCAUGAGACUUCUGAUGUCAGAGAUGUAUACACUAUUCCUCAACCAAUCACUCCUGAACCUUUCUUCUUUGAAGAAAUUCCAGCUCCAGUGCAACUUGCACCAAAAGAACUUUCCCCACAGAGAUUGUCUUAUUAUCAGAGGAUCAACCCAGCUCCAGAAAUAGUUGAGCCCCCUAGACAUUCAGUAGUUCAGUGCAAGAUUUCUCCUCCAGAAGCUAGAGUUGCCAAACCAGAAGUUAGGAUUGCUCAGCCACAUGUAAAUGUUCCUCAACCACAAGUUAGAAUUCCAAAACCUGAAAUCAGGACUCCCAAGAUAGGAAUAAAAGCCUCCAAGCCACAAGUGAGAGUCGCUCAACCAGAAGUAAAGGCCGCUCCAGUAGUAAAGACAGAUUCUCCGAGGAAAACUUGCCCAUCUGGAGCCCAGGCUCAUAGAGUGAAUAAUAUCCGAACAAAAUCCCAGUAA